AUGAGGUCCAUGGAAGAUAAACGUGAAGUUAUGUUGAAGAAACCCGAACUUCAGCGAAACCCACAUUUCAAUAAAGUGUUCGUUGACCAUGACCUUUCAUAUGCAGACCGUGUCAUGUCCAGCAACUUUCGUGCAGUACUUAAAGCACUGAACAAUCAGGGGCUUACCGUGAAAGGCUCACGUGUCAUACGUUCGCGUGAUGGUUCCGUUGAUAUCAGUAGUCGGGAUGGAUCGCAACGCCCACCCCAGCAAGACCAGCGGUCAGAUGAUCGGGACUUCCGAGGAGGAAACUGGAGGCAAAACUCUGGAGGUCGAGGCUGCGCUGGUGGUCGUGGUGGUCCUGGUAGUCAUGGAGGUCGAGGUCGCAACGGCGGCUACGGGUCCCAGGGUCAACGCGGAGGUAACAGGGGACUCAACUCCGGGCCUUACUAG